AUGGCGAUUCAGAAGAAGCACGGAAAAGGACGUUUGGAUAAGUGGUACAAGCUUGCCAAGGAGAAGGGAUACCGUGCCAGAGCUGCGUUCAAGCUGAUCCAGCUGAACAAGAAGUAUGGCUUCUUGGAGAAGAGCAGGGUCGUCGUCGAUCUUUGCGCUGCGCCAGGCUCGUGGUGUCAAGUCGCAGCCGAGACAUGUCCCGUCGGCGCGUUGAUCGUCGGUGUCGAUUUAGCCCCCAUCAAGCCGAUCCCCAAGGUCAUUACCUUCCAGAGCGAUAUCACCACCGAAAAAUGCCGAGCCACGAUCCGCUCGCACCUCAAGACCUGGAAGGCCGACUGUGUCCUCCACGAUGGUGCGCCCAACGUCGGUACCGCUUGGAACCAGGACUCCUUCAACCAGGCCGAGCUGGUGUUGCAGUCCAUGAAGCUGGCGACGGAGUUCCUGGUCGAGGGCGGCACGUUCGUGACCAAGGUCUUCCGCUCCAAGGACUACAACCCGCUGCUGUGGGUGUUCAACCAGCUCUUCACAAAGGUCGAGGCCACCAAGCCGCCGUCGUCGAGAAACGUGUCUGCCGAGAUCUUCGUCGUCUGCAAGGGCUACAAGGCGCCCAAGCGCAUCGACCCCCGGUUCCUCGACCCCCGUGCCGUCUUCGCCGAGCUGAAGGACGCGGCGCCGAACAACGAGGCCAAGGUUUACAACCCCGAGGUGAAGAAGCGCAAGCGUGAGGGUUACGAGGAGGGCGACUACACGCAGUUCAAGGCCGUCUCGGCCAGCGAGUUCAUCCAGACGGUUGACCCGAUUGCGAUCCUCGGCAGCGCGAACCAGCUGUCGUUCGACCAGCCGAACAACGGCGACGUUGCGCUGGCGGCUCUGGACAAGCUCCCUGAGACCAACGAGGAGAUCCGCAGGUGCUGCGCCGAUUUGAAGGUUCUCGGAAGAAAAGAGUUCAAGAUGCUGCUCAAGUGGCGUCUCAAGGUCCGCGAGAUCUUUGGCUUCCCCACCAAGAAGACGGAGAAGGCCAAGUCUCUGCAGGAGCAGGUCGCUGGCGAGGAGGUGGCCGAGGUCGAGGACAUGGACGAGGAGCUUCGGAUUCAGGAGGAGCUGGAGGCGCUCAAGAACAAGGACGACUCCAAGAAGAGGAAGGAGAGGAGGAAAGAGAACGAGAAGAAGCAGAAGGACAUCGUGCGCAUGCAGCUUAACAUGGUGGCGCCCAUGGAUAUCGGUAUGGAGCAGUCCGGACCCCUCGGCCCGGACUCCAUGUUCGCGCUCAAGACGGUCGACAAGGCCGGCGGCGUGAACAAGAUCGCCAAGGGUAGGAUGGCCAUCCUCAAGGAGAACGAGAAGAAGAAGCAGGAGCAGGAUUCCGGAAUCUCGUACGGGUCCGACAACGACAGCGAAGACGAGGCCGAGGACCGCCUCGAGCGCGAGCUGGACGGCAUGUACGACCAGUGGAAGGAGCGCAAGUCGGCAGCGGAUGCCAAAUGGCGGGCCAAGCGCGCGCGUGAGGAGCACAACGACGAGGAGUGGGAGGGUGUCUCAGCCGACGAGCAGAGUGACAGCGAUGAGGAGUUUGAAAUCGAAUCGGGCAGCGACGACGAGUCUGACGACGACGAGGACGACGGCGACAAGCCACUCGUCACCGACUUGGACAACACCGCGGAGGACGGCGACCUGUCGAAGCGCGCGAGGAAUUUCUUCAGCCAGGACAUCUUCAAGGAUAUUCCUGGUGUUCUUGACGAGCCCGAAGAUGACGGCAUGGACGGCGUCGAGUACACCAACGGAGCCGACUCCGGUGAGGAGGAGGCCAGGCCUUCUAAGAAGGCCAAAAAGGAGUCCAAGGCUCAAAAGGCCAAGGACGAGAAGAAGGCCAGGGAGGACCAGAAGACUGUUGAGAAGGAAGAGGAGGACGAGUCCAGCGAGAGCGAGGACGACGGCGGUUUCGAGGUUGUCAAGCACAACGAGGAGGACUGGGAGAACCAGGAGAAGCGCAAGGCGGACGGCAGACUAGACAUCGACAUCAUCACCGCCGAGGCAAUGACGCUCGCGCACCAGCUCGCGACAGGCCAAAAGACGAAGCACGACGUCAUCGACGACGGCUUCAACAAGCACGCGCUCAAGGACCGCGACGGGCUGCCGGACUGGUUCAUCGACGACGAGGGCCGGCACGACAAGCCGCACAAGCCCAUCACCAAGGCGGCGGCGGCGGCUAUCCGCGAGAAGCUGCGCGCGUACAACGCGCGCCCGAUCAAGAAGGUGCGCGAGGCCAAGGCGCGCAAGAAGUUCAAGGCCGCGCAGCGCCUGGAGAAGCUCAAGAAGAAGUCGGACCUGCUCGCCAACGAGGAGGGCAUGACGGAGAAGGAGAAGGCUGAGAGCAUCGCCAAGAUGAUGGCCAAGGCCGGCAAGGUGAAGCGCAGGCCCAAGCCGACGCUCGUCAUUGCCAAGGGUGUCAACCGUGGUGUCAAGGGUCGUCCCAAAGGCGUCAAGGGACGCUACACCAUUGUGGACUCGAGAAUGAAGAAGGAUCUGAGGGCGCAGAAGAGGAUAGCCAAGAAGAAGAAAUAG